AGAAAUCGGCCAGAUAUCAACAUGGGAAGUUGUCCUGAGGAUCUCAAAAAAGAUGUAAAUUGUUCCUUGUGUAAUGAUAGGCUUACUGAACCCAAGAUCUUGAAAUGUUUUCACACAUUUUGUAAGCCUUGCAUUAAGAGACACGCCGAGCUGAUCGAAGAUUUCAACGUCUUCAAGUGUCCUAAAUGUAAUUCACUAACUCCUCUGCCAGAACUAGACAGCGUGGAUAAUCUAAAACCAAGUUUACUGCACUCAAGAAUGAUGAAGGUAUUGGAGUUUGUAGAAAGUGAGAAGGUUUGUUCUGUUUCUGGGAGUCACCGAUCAGUAUCUUGGCAUUGCUUCGACUGUAAUCGCUCGUUGUGUGACGAAUGUGAGAAGAACCAUUCAGAGUUUAUCAGAGAUCACAAACUUGUAUCUCUCGUAGAGAUCAAAGAAGAAGACAUCGAACUGAUGCUGAGCAGAGAAACCAAUUGCGUAAAACAUGUUGAUAACAUUGUAGAAUUAUUCUGCAAAGACUGCCAACAGAAUAUCUGCAUGAAAUGUUUGAAAUAUAAUCAUGAUGAACAUUCAACAGUCAACUUGAGUAAGUAUACAGCGAAGAAUAAAGCUCAGCUUUCUAAACAACUGGAGGAGUUAAAAGAGCUUGAACAAGAAAUGAAAAAGCAGGUUGAAGUAAUAGAAGAGGAGACAAACGAAUCCAAGGCAAAUUGUGAAAAAGCUAAGAAUUUGGUGAAGGAAAGAGUACGAGAAAUGAUAGAUAUGCUGCAAAAGAAUGUACAGAAAUUGUUCAAACAAAUCGAUGAGUGUGUUGAGAGAGCCGAGAGAAGACAAGUCAAAGGUCACUCUGUGCUUGAUGAAACACGAGGAGCCAUUGAAUACAUGAAUCAACUGAUAGAAAAAGGCGUUGCAAGUGAAGUGAUUGAGAAUAAAGACAUGAAGAAAACCUGUCACACCUCUGUCGAUCGUGUCGUUGGAGUUCAGUCGGACGUGCUGUUCCUUGCUAAUGAAGAGCUUACAAAACAAGUGAAAUCGGGGCUCGGAGUCUUGAGAAAAGUGGAAAAAACAGAUCUCAGAAUGUGCAGUAUUAAUAUAUAUUCUCAUCCUAUACAGGGAAAGAAAGGGAAACUUAUUGUGACAACAAAAACUAAAUCUGGAAAUCUCAAUGAUAAUCCAAGCGAUGUUAUCGAUGUUAAAAUAACCCCCUUGUACAAAUUGAAAACUUUCGAGAAGAGUGUUAGAAUGGGUAAAGCAGAGGUUGAAUUUGUACCUAAAUCAGCUGGUCAACUGACAGUAGAGGUUCAAGUCAAUGGGAAUCAUGUACCUAACAGCCCUCUAACGAUUACUGUUAAAGCCGCACAACCGCCAUUGGUUUCAUCGGAGUCGGAAAGGCGAAGGUUUCUUCUUCUUCAAGAACAAAUGAAGAUAUAGAAAACGCACGUACGUGUUCGCUGUUUGCAACUGUAAAAAGUGGGUAUUGGCAGAAUACGAGACUGACUUGUGAGAAACACGAAGAGUGCUUCUUAACACUUCUCGAGUGUUAUGCUAAUUCCCAAGCUAGUUAAAUUGUUUUAGAUACUGAUUACUAUUGAAGAUAUUA